CGGAGCGAGCCCCGUCCCCCGCCAAUGUUGUUUUCGCCGAGUCGAGCUGCUGGUGUUGUUGGCGGCGGCGCCAUAUUGGAAGGGACGAUCCCCCGUUAGCGAGAAGCCCCUUAGCGCUGGCCUCGCCGCCGCCAUGCUGUACCUGGAGGACUAUCUGGAGAUGAUCGAGCAGCUACCCAUGGAUCUGCGCGACAGGUUCACCGAGAUGCGCGAGAUGGAUCUGCAGGUGCAGAAUGCAAUGGAUCAACUAGAACAAAGAGUAAAUGAAUUUUUUAUGAAUGCAAAGAAAAACAAACCUGAAUGGAGAGAAGAGCAAAUGACGUCAAUCAAAAAGGAUUACUAUAAAGCUUUGGAAGAUGCAGAUGAGAAAGUACAAUUGGCAAAUCAGAUUUAUGACUUGGUAGACCGGCAUUUGAGAAAGUUGGACCAAGAACUAGCUAAAUUUAAAAUGGAACUUGAGGCAGAUAAUGCUGGGAUUACAGAAAUACUAGAAAGACGGUGUCGAAACAGUAAUUCAUCAUCCUCUUCCAACAAUGCAUACAAUGCAAACUCUUCUCAGCCACUGGCAUCAUAUAACCUGGGCUCAUUAUCUUCAGGAUCUGGAGCUGGUGCUAUUACCAUGGCAGCAGCUCAAGCAGUGCAAGCCACAGCACAGAUGAAGGAAGGAAGAAGAACAUCCAGCUUAAAAGCCAGCUAUGAAGCCUUUAAGAACAAUGACUUUCAACUUGGGAGAGAAUUUUCAUUAUCCAGAGACUCAACUGGAUAUUCAUCAUCAGCUCUGGCAUCUACAUUAACACAAACAUUAAGUUCAUCAACCACAGAUUCACGGAGUGGUCGAAAAAGCAAAAACAACAACAAGUCUUCAAGCCAGCAGUCCUCCUCAUCAUCAUCAUCUUCAUCUCUGUCAUCGUGUUCUUCGUCGUCUGCUUUAGCACAGGAACUAUCUCAGCAAACAGCAGCAAUACCAGAGUCUGAUUCUAACAAUCAAGUUGAUUGGACCUAUGAUCCAAAUGAGCCACGUUACUGCAUUUGUAAUCAGGUGUCCUAUGGUGAAAUGGUGGGCUGCGAUAACCAAGAUUGCCCAAUAGAGUGGUUCCAUUAUGGCUGUGUCGGAUUGACAGAGGCACCAAAGGGGAAAUGGUACUGUCCACAGUGUACUGCUGCAAUGAAGAGAAGAGGCAGUAGACAUAAAUAAGUUUCUUCAUUUGGAAAACAAAUGACAUCCUAAAGAUUUUAUAGAGGACUUUAACAAAUCACAUUUUGCAACCACUUAAAGAAGGAUUAAUAUAGCAAUCAUAAGAUCUUGAACUAUUAGUUUUGCUAGUUGUGUUUUAAUAUUGUAAGUAAAUUAUUUAUGCACUACUGAUGUGCUAUAAAUAUUAUUCCAGUUAGCCUUGGAUUCUUCCAGUGGCCAACAUAUGCAGACAUUUGUACUCUCAAACCAUUUUCUCAGAGCAGUGGGCAUUCUACAAUAAUUCAGUCUUCAAAGAAUUCUAACAGGAGAAGAUUUUAAAUGUAUGUUUUAUAUUCAACAGGCAUAUUCUGCUGCAUGUACUGUACUCAAGAGCUGUUAUAUAACAGUAUGUAUAUAAAUGGUGCAAAAAGUCAGUGUAUCUAAAAAGAAUAUAAGGCAGUUGUUUUUAUAAUGCCUUUAUAGCUUUGUUUCUUUGUGAAACUAAAUUCAGCAGGCUGAAGAAAAUGGUUCUUGUAUAAAGCGGGCUGGUGUCCUCUAGAGUACUUGGGUACAUAAAAACAAACUCCUGUAGAGUAAAAACAAAUUUGUGCCAUUAGUCUUUAUAUGUCUCUGCACCGAACAGGGUGCAGAUCAUAAGAAAAAGGGUGUUAAAGUGAUAAAUUUUUUAUACCAAAUGUGUUUAUUUUUUUGUGCAAGUAAUCCUUUAAAUUGGAAUUGUAUUAGGUGUUAAAAUUAAAAAAAAACAACAAACUCAGAUGUUGAUAUUGAUGCUUUGCAUACUUUGUUGGAAAAGAAUAAAACCUCAGAAUUAAUCUGUCA